CGUCCAUCACCUGCACAGGCAAAGCCUGGGAGGGGUUGGACUGAGGAGCGGGACGCAGAUAAGAUGACCACCCUCCUCCUGCGGAUCGCGUGUGCCUUGAAGAGAAGUCCUGUCACUGUUGGCACCGUCCGCAGCUUUGCUUCGCACAGCAGGCAGAGGUCGCAGAACAACAACUUAAUAAGGACGAGAAUGGAGGUGCAACUCACAGCGCCGAACGGCAGGACGUGGGUUCAGCCCCUGGGCCUGUUUAUUAACAACGAAUUUGUCAAGAGCAGCAACGAACAGAAGAUUACGACCAUCAACCCAACGACGGAGGAGGAGAUCUGCUCCGUCUACGCAGCGACGGUCGAUGAUGUCGACAAGGCAGUGGCCGCCGCCCGCAAGGCGUUCAGAGAUCCAUCGUGGAAAGCCCUCUCGGGCACAGAGCGUGGCGCGCUGAUGCUGAAGCUAGCAGAUCUGGUGGCUCAGCACGCCGAGACGCUGGCCACCAUUGAGUGUCUCGACAACGGCAAGCCGUACUCUGUCGCGCUCAAUGAGAACGUGCCUGAAGUGAUCAAUGUGCUCAAGUACUAUGCCGGCUACGCCGACAAGAACUUUGGCCAGGUCAUUGACGUCGGCCCCGCCAAGUUUGCCUACACGGUCAAGGAGCCCCUGGGCGUGUGCGGCCAGAUCAUUCCGUGGAACUACCCGCUUGACAUGGCCGCCUGGAAGCUGGGCCCUGCUCUCUGCUGCGGCAACACGGUGGUGCUCAAGCUCGCCGAGCAGACGCCGCUCUCGAUGCUGUACGUGGCACAGCUCAUCAGGGAAGCCGGCUUUCCGCCGGGCGUGGUGAACAUCAUCAACGGCCACGGGCGCGAGGCCGGCGCGGCGCUCGUUCAGCACCCAGGCGUCGACAAGAUUGCUUUUACGGGCAGCACCGCCACCGGAAAGGAGGUCAUGAAGAUGGCCUCCGCCACCAUGAAGAACAUCACCCUGGAAACGGGCGGCAAGUCGCCGCUCAUUGUCUUUGAAGACGCCGAUCUCGACCUGGCAGCGACCUGGUCGCACAUUGGCAUCAUGAGCAAUCAAGGCCAGAUCUGCACCGCCACGUCGCGUAUCCUGGUCCACGAGAGCGUCUACGAGGCUUUUGUCGAGAAGUUCAAAGCUAAGGUCGAGGAGAUCUCGGUGGUGGGCGACCCGUUCGAAGAGACGACGUUCCAGGGCCCGCAGGUGACCAGGGCGCAGUAUGAGCGCGUGCUGUCGUACAUCAGGUCGGGGCAGGAAGAAGGCGCCAGCAUCGUCCUCGGCGGCGAGCCGGCGCCGCAGAAGGGCAAGGGCUUCUUCGUCGCGCCCACCGUGUUCGUCAACGUCAAGCCGACCAUGAAGAUAUUCCGCGAGGAGAUCUUCGGGCCCUGCGUGGCCAUUGUCGCCUUCAGCACCGAGGAAGAGGCCAUCCAGCUGGCGAAUGACACGACCUAUGGCCUGGGGUCGGCGCUGUUCACCAAGGAUCUCACGCGGGCGCACCGCGUCGCCAGAGAGAUUGAAGCAGGCAUGGUCUGGAUCAACAGCAGUAACGACUCGGAUUUCCGGGUUCCCUUCGGCGGUGUCAAGCAGUCGGGCAUCGGCAGGGAGCUGGGAGAGGCCGGGCUUGCGCCGUAUUGCAACAUCAAGGCCAUACAUGUAAACAUGGCCGCGUGACGGCCUUGCUGUAUCUCCGUGUAUUCUUGCUUCUUCUUCUUAUUCUUUUUCUUUUCUUUUUCCUUCACGAAAACAAGUGUGCCUGGAUUUUCAAUCCUGCGGCUUCGAUUUAUUCGCAAAGUUCGC